AUUCGUUAUGUCCCCGUGUAGUACACUCACACCCACUGGAUGAUGUCAUAAUCAAAACCUCCCAACUGUGAAUGUACACAUGUGUGCCGGUUAGAAUGACAGAUUUCUGACCAAUCUUCAGAAGGGGUACGUCUUGGUUGGAGCUUAGACGCCAUAUUGUAACCUGACCUCAAUAUGGGGAAACGACAAUCCAAGUUCAGUCCUUCGAAAGCAGCGUCAAGUGUUAAAAUUGUGAGUCUGUAUCCACGUGAAGAUUCUCCGUUCACCGAGACACCAACUGCAGAAUCCGAGAACACCAUGUCGGGGGUCGAAUACGUUGUGUGUGAUGCAGAGGAGCUGAAGGAUGGCGAGAUGAAGGAGGUUGAGGUUGGAAGUAGGAAAGCUCUCCUGGUGCGGGAGGGAGGAAAUUAUUAUGCAGUUGGGCCAAAAUGUUCCCAUUUUGGAGCGCCAUUAGCAUCAGGUGUUCUGUGUAAUGGGCGAGUGCGGUGUCCGUGGCACGGUGCGUGUUUUAACAUCAAGACUGGAGACAUCGAAGACUUUCCAGGCCUCGACAGUAUUCCCAAGUUUGAUGUUUCUGUCAAGAAUGGAAAGGUGUUCGUUAAAGAUGAUCCCACCACAUCGGGAAAUAAACGUGUUAAGCCCAUGUCGAAGGCAUCCCGUGACAAUAAACAAACUUUUGUUUUGAUUGGUUCAGGGGCCGCCUCUGUGACCUGUGCACAGACUCUACGUCAGGAAGGCUUUACAGGAAGAGUUGUCAUGGUUACUCAAGAAAAAUAUCUUCCCUAUGACAGGACAAAGUUGACUAAGGUCAUGACGACUAAACCCGAAGACAUUGCACUUAAAGACGCGGAGUUUUAUAAAUCAGCUGACAUUGAAAUUAUGAAUGAAAAAGAGGUGGUUGGUGUGGACACUAAAACGAAAUCUGUGACUUUCAAAGAUGGCGGCAACAUAAAAUAUGACUCUCUGCUGAUAGCAACAGGUGGAAAACCAAGAAUUCUGCCAAUUCCUGGGAUUGAGUUGGACAAUGUGUGUCAGGUGCGGAACCCGGCCGAGGCCAACAAGAUUGGGAACGAUACAGCAGGGAAGAAUGUUGUCAUACUGGGCUCAUCGUUUAUAGGGCUAGAGGUGGCAGCGUUCAUGGCAAGUCGGAAAACAAACAGCAUCACUGUGAUUGGCCGCAGCUCCAUGCCCCUGCAAGUCAUCCUUGGUAAACAGGUCGGAGCGGUUUACAAGAAGCUGCACGAAGAGAAGGGAGUGAAGUUCUAUUUUGAAAACAGCAUCAAGGAGUUUGUCGGCGAGAAUGGGAAGGUGAAGGAAGUUCUUCUCGCAGACGGAACCAAACUCCCGGCAGAUAUCUGCGUGCUCGGAAUUGGUGUGGUUCCAUCAACUGACUUUUUAAAGAAUUCAGGAAUAAAUCUGACAUCUCGAGGAUUUGUUACAGUGGACAAGGGUCUGAAGACAAAUGUCGCAGGUGUGUUUGCGGCUGGAGACAUUGUUGAGUUUCCUCUUUUUAUGAAUGAAAAUACAGCCUCCAAUGUACAGCACUGGCAGAUGGCAAACCAGCAUGGUGAGACAUGGUUUGUGAUUGGUCAGUAA